GAGAGAUCGGGAGCCGAUCACAUUGGAAAUCGUAUUUAAGCCGCGUCUCAUUUCAAGACGAGCUCAUUUUGGAUCGUGCCGGCCCAUCGUGUUCGUCUCUCUCGAGUUUGGUGUCGUGAUCCGUUCCCAAAAUGUUGAGGAUACUCCUCAGUGUGUUUGUCUUGCAAUUCGCAUUGCUAAUCAAUGCCACCGGCCUCUAUUCGGUGGUGGGGCCUGGCACCAUUCGCUCCAACUUCAAGUACAAUGUGGCCGUGUCCGUGCACAAGGCGGACGGGCCCAGCCAGCUGAGAAUCAGCCUCAAUGGCCCCUCGUACAACGAGACAAAGGAGAUCGAGGUGCUGCCCAUGUCCACGCAAAAUGUGGAGUUCGAUGUGCCCAAGCUGGCCGCGGGCGAUUACAAUCUGACGGCUGUCGGUGUGUCGGGCAUCGUCUUCGAGAACUCCACCAAGCUGAACCGGGCCGACGAUAAGCCCUCGACCUUCAUACAAACUGAUAAGGCCACCUACAAGCCCGCCGAUCUGGUGCAGUUCCGCGUACUCAUCCUCGACGAGCAGACCAGACCCGCCAAGCUCGACAAACCCGUCACGAUUGCCAUCACUGAUGGCGCCCAGAAUCGCAUCAAGCAGCUCACCGACAUCAAGCUGACGAAGGGCGUGUACGCCGGGGAGCUGCAGCUGUCCGAGCAGCCAGUGCUGGGCACCUGGCAGAUCGCAGUGAGUGUCGAUGGCGAUGGCACGGAGACCAAGACAUUCGAGGUGGACAAGUAUGUGCUGCCCAAGUUCGAGGUGAUCAUCGAAUCGCCGAAAGAUGUGGCUGUGCAGGAAAAAGUAAUAAAGGCGACCAUUCGGGCCAAGUAUACGUACGGCAAGCCGGUCAAGGGCAAGGCCACCGUCUCCAUUGAGCCCAAUUAUGCGCACUAUCUUAACCGGGAUGUGGGCAGACAGGAGAAGACAAUCGAUGUCGAUGGCAAGGGCCAUGUGGAGUUCAGCAUCGAGGGCACACAAUACCGCGGCGGCUACGCGCCACCGCUGAAAAUCCUGGCCAUUGUCACCGAGGAGCUGACGGGCAACCGGCAAAAUGCCACAACGAUUGUCAAUCUGCACAGUCAACGCUACAGCAUCCAGGGCGUCGACACGCCGCCCUCGUAUCAGCCGGGCAAGGCCUUUGCCUUUCAGGUUGUGGUCAAGAAUGUGGAUGGCUCGCCGGUGCGCGAUGCCGAGCAGAAGGUCAAGGUGAGCUUUGUGAGCGGACAUCGAUUCUCCGCCGGCGGCACUCAGCGGGAGUUCAAUUUUGAGUCCACCCUCAACGAGCAUGGCAUGGCCACGUUCAACGUGACGCUGCCCGAACUGGAAAUGAGCUAUGUGAGCAUCAAUGCCGUCUUCGGGGACUCCUCGUCCUUUGUGGGCAGCAUCUCCAAGUUCCAGCCGGCGCUCGACAGCAGCGAACCACUCAAAAUUGAGCUGAAGAACAAGCAACCAAAACUGGGCGAAAGUGUGGCCUUUGAUGUCAAGUCGAACAGCGAUAUACCCUACUUUGUGUACACGAUUGUCGCCCGCGGCAACAUCGUGGACACGGACUACGUGGAUGUGCCCAAGGGCCGCAGGACACACACGGUGAAAUUUACGCCCAGCUUUGCGAUGGUGCCUCGGGCCAUCAUCUAUGUGCAUUACAUCUACGACAACGAGCUUCGCUUCGAGGAGAAACAAAUCGACUUUGAGAAGGAUUUCAGCAAUUCGAUUGAAAUAUCUGCGCCUGUGGAUGCCAAGCCCGGCGAAGAGGUUCAGCUGCGCGUGAAGACCGAUGCCGAUUCUUUUGUGGGUCUGCUCGGCGUGGAUCAGAGUGUGCUGCUGCUCAAGUCCGGCAAUGAUUUGAGCCGCGAUGAGAUCUUCAACAGCCUCAGCAAGUACCAAACAGCGACGCCCUGGCAGCGCGGCUAUGGCCGAUAUCCGGGCGAGACCUCGGGACUGGUGACCCUCACCAAUGCCAACUAUCCCUACAAUACGGGAAGACGCUGGUUCCCAGGAAUUCUAAGGCGGCGCUUUCCAGCACCACAAUUUGGUUUAAUGAAUAUAAAUCUCAUGGCAAUGAGGCCAUCAGUAGCAGCAGCGGGUUCAAGGCCAUUGCCGCCAGUCCCAGUGCCCCAAAUACGCAAAGAGUUUCCCGAAAACUGGAUAUUUUACAAUGCCCAAAAUACGGAUGCCGAUGGCUUCACGCUGGCCAAGAAGAUACCAGAUACGAUUACCUCUUGGGUGGUGACGGGCUUCUCGCUGAACCCCAGCACGGGCAUUGCCCUGACCAAGAGACCCAGCAAAAUCCGCGUGUUCCAGCCGUUCUUUGUGUCCACCAAUUUGCCGUAUUCCGUGAAGCGGGGUGAGGUCAUAGCCAUACCCGUGAUCGUAUUCAACUACUUGGACAAGACGCUCGACGCAGAGGUAGCCAUGGACAAUGCGGACAAGGAGUACGAGUUCACGGAGGCCACCAACGAGGUGCAGGAGCUGGCCAGCGAUGAGGUGCGCCGCGUGAAACGCGUCACGAUACCCGCCAACAGCGGCCGCAGCGUCUCGUUUAUGAUUCGCCCCAAGCGUGUGGGCGCCACCACACUGAAGAUAAGCGCCACCUCGCCGAUUGCCGGCGACACCAUCCACCAGAAGCUGAAGGUGGAGCCCGAGGGCGUGACACAGUUCGUGAAUCGAGCGCUCUUCAUCAACCUGAAGGAUCAGGCCGAGCUGUCGGAGGCACUCGCAGUGCAAAUACCCGCGGAGGCGGUGCCCGACUCGGAGUUCAUUGAAUUCUCAGUGGUGGGGGAUCUGCUGGGUCCCACGCUCCAGAAUCUGGACAAUCUGGUGCGAAUGCCGUACGGCUGCGGCGAGCAGAAUAUGGUGAACUUUGUGCCCAACAUUCUGGUGCUGACGUACCUGGAGGUGACCAGCCGCCCGAUGGCCGGCAUUGAGGCCAAGGCCAAGAAGUUCCUCGAGAUUGGCUACCAGCGGGAGCUCACCUACAAGCACGACGAUGGCUCGUACAGUGCCUUCGGCAAGUCCGAUCCGUCCGGCAGCACCUGGCUCACCGCCUACGUGAUGCGCUCCUUCCACCAGGCGGCCAAGUACACCCAAGUGGAUCCCAAGGUGCUGACCGCCGGCCUCGACUUUCUCGCGUCCAAGCAGCGGGAGACGGGCGAGUUUCCCGAGCUGGGCAAACUCUUCGACAGCGCCAAUCAGAAUGAGUUGGCGCUCACCGCCUUCGUGCUGUUGGCCUUCUUCGAGAACCAGGAACUCAUCCCCAAGUACCAGAGUGCCGUGGACAAGGGUGUGCGCUAUGUGGCCGAGCAGGUGGACCAGACGGAGGAUCAGUAUGCGCUGGCCAUUGCCGCGGUGGCGCUGCAGCUGGCCCAGCAUCCGCAGGCCGAGAAGGUGCUGGCCAAGCUGGAGGGCGAGGCCCAUCAGGAGAACGAUCGCAAGUGGUGGUCCAAGGCAGCGGAACAGCCAACACCCAGCACCGUCUGGCGUCCGCGCAGCAACGAUGUGGAGCUCACCGCGUACGUGCUGAUCGCCCUGCUCGAGCAGAGUCCCGCCGAGACGAGCCUGCCGAUUGUCAAGUGGCUGAUUGGGCAGCGCAACAGCAACGGCGGCUUCGCCUCCACCCAGGACACGGUCGUCGGCCUGCAGGCACUCACCAAGUUCGCCCAGAAGACCGGCUCCGGCACCGGCACCAUGGCCAUUGACUUUGUGCCCUCAAACGGCACCAGGUCCACCAUUAAGGUGCAACCCGCCAAUGCGCUGGUUCUGCAGACGCACGUGUUGCCGCGGAGCACCCGCCAGGUGGAAUUCACGGCCCGGGGCACCGGCUCGGCGAUGGUGCAGCUCUCGUAUCGCUACAAUCUGGCCGAGAAGGACAAGCGGCCGAGCUUCAAGGUGACGCCCACCGUGAAGGACAGCGCCUCCAAUCGCCUGCUCGUGCUGGACAUUUGCGCCGAGUACGUGCCGCUCGAGGCUGGCGACCAGGACAAGGACUCGAACAUGGCCGUCAUGGAGAUCGCACUGCCCUCCGGCUAUGUGGGCGAUGCCGACAGUCUGGGCAGAAUCGAGUCCGUGGACCGGGUGAAGCGCGUGGAGACCAAGAACUCCGACUCGACGGUUAUCGUGUACUUUGACAGCCUGACGCCGGGCGAUGUGAAGUGCCUGCCCGUGGAGGCGACCAAGGCGCAUGCGGUGGCCAAGCAGAAGCCCGCCGCCGUUUCCCUGUACGACUACUACGACACGGAGCGCCGUGCCACCGAAUACUACCAGGUGAAGUCCUCCCUCUGCGACAUAUGCGAGGGCACCGACUGCGGCACUGGCUGCAACAAGUAGACGUAAAAUACAUCCAAUAAAUACA